GAUUUGAGCAGGAAGCCUGGCUAUGCGUGCAAACUACAAUUUAAAGAAAAAUGUUGGUUUGAGCGUCAGGUGAAUUAAAAGAAAGUAACUAAGAGUUAUUAGCUAAUUACUUUCAGUUAGUUAUCACACCAUGCGUUUGGUAUCUUACACGAAAAGUAUACAAAUUAGUUUAUGUAUGCAUGCCGUUGUUGUUUUUUCUUUCUAGGUAUUCAAACUGUUUAUUUUGUGCAUUGGUCUUUUUUCUCGGACCGUUUCGGCUUCCUCUUUGCGCAAAGGUGGCCUUGAGAAAAAGGUAAGCCGUGUAAAGUUUGCCCUUAGGACUUAACAAUCACUAAUGACAGAAAAGCCUAUAGAAUGAACUGAUCACCUUAAAGUCGGAAUCAUGUUAAAGGGGCCGUCUUCAGAUCGUUUUGACGUCGAAAAGUUAAAAUAAAUGUGAAAUGUACCAUAUCAUCAAAGGUAAACAAGUUCUCUGACGUCAUCAGGCAAGAGCCGAAUAACACGUAACGUUAUAUAGUAUGUAACACACAAAUUAAGUGUUUGUACUUUUUAAAGUUUCACGACUGAAUCUAAAGUCUUACGACCUGCCUGAAGAAGAGGAACUUAUAUUCUCUGUCCUUAAUGAAUUUUCUGUUUGUUCAGUUUCUUUGGAAAUUGAACUGGUUAGUCGGUAGCUAAUUAAAAAGAUAUCUUUCAGAUGUUUAAGAUUGGUGAGAGUGAGUUACGUAAAAGUAAAUUGUAAAAUUAUAUGCUAUUCCUAGCAGGAUUCCACUGCAAAAUACACGAUUAGGAUGUCUGUAAAUGGAACAGAAUUCGACGUAGAGGUAGAGGUCGAUAAAGUGGAUAAAGAAAAGGACACAGAAACUUUCCACUUGCCAAAGAUUUCACCGGAUAUGGCCUCGGGAGACGUAAUCUACGAUUUCAAAAAGGUAAGGGAACAAAAUAACGCACUAACGAUAGCAUAACCUCACAGACAUUGAAUGAGGCUGGGCUGGGUCACGUGACAACUGAUGGUUAUACAAUGUGGCGGAUUAUUGAAUUACUUAACUUCCUAGACAAAAGUUCUUCUCGCCCAGCUCAGUUCAUAUUUUUACUCGGCUUGGGUUAACCAUCUAAAUGGUUUGCUUCGCUUGACUGUCCGUAUAGUAUAAAAUUUGUUUCUUGUAAGAACAAAUUCAGUGUAGCUCAGCCAAUAGGUAUUCUUCAUCGAAAGCAUCUGGUCAGUUUAGUUUUAACACUACAAGGGAAUUUAUUUUUUUCUAUAUGAAUUAAAGAGCGGAAUAGAAUAAUUAAGUCCUGAUAUGCGCUGAAGAGCAAUUUAAAAUAAAUAAUUGUGGACCCAAAACAGCUUCUAUUCAUUUGUAAUUGUUUUGUAAUUGUAAUUAUGCCAGAAAAGCUGGAAUGGGAUCUAAAAAUUGAAAUAACCUUUUUUGUGAUAAUUUGCCGCAGAAUUUGACCAUGUUCCGAGUGACAGAAGCAAAAGCCUGCUAUUUAAGAAAAUCGACUCGUGAUGCUCGCAAGCGAUCCGACCUACAGCAACUUCUAGAAGUGGUAAGUACAUCGUACAUGAAGCUACAUAUUCAUAAUUCCAGUAAAUUCCUUCUGUAGAAUUCAGAACAAAAGUAUGGAAUGAAAUGCAUUUAAUACUGAGAAAAUCAGUAUCCAAAAAUGCCUGUAAAUGGAAUAUAUACGAGCUUACUUUGGUAUGGGGUCAUGCUUCAAGGAAGAAAACAUACUGACAAGCGUAGAAAGUAAAGUAAAAGAUAGCCUGCGUCGCAAAGCGUUUCCGUGCGGUUUCGGAGCAAAGAAAGAGCAACGAGAGUCAAAUCCCGCACCAAACAUCCCGUUCCUCGUCGUUCCGCGGUAGUCUUUAAUUGUAAACAAAUAUCAGCAACAAACCCUUUAGUUUUAUUUUCAUUUUUCUUUAGCCCCUGAAGAAGGUUUCCUUCACAGCGAAAUAAGAGUCUCACUAGAUUCGAGGGCAUGUUAAAGUUAUAAGGUUACUAGGCAAACACGAGUCAAGAGCUAGGCCCAUCAUAUCACAGCCGGUUAAGCCCGGUUUCUAAGCUUGAAGCACCCAGAAGUAUUGCUACACCUCUGGCUAUAUAUCGUCACUACUCAUUAAUACAACUGUGUGAAGAGAGAGAAAUUGAAACAAAAUUUAUUAACCAUAGCCCGCUCGCAGAUGUCUAAUAUUUCCUUUAUUGCACGUAGAAAGGUCCCUUUUCUGCAUAACCCCGUAGCUAAUCAUGUUCCAGUAUCCGCCGUUGUUUUCAAUGUCUUCGUGCAACAAAGGAAGUAGGAGACCUCUGCACGCAGACUGAUCUCCUACAAAAGGUUGAUUCUCAAUUUCCUUUGUCUCUUAGCCGUGGAACACGAAGGAAAUUGAGAAUCAACCUAGGUUAAAACUAAGACAUCUUCAGAAUGCUAUGGUACAAUGUUUUUCCACGUUAAAAAGGAAUUUUGAUGAAGGAGUUUAGAGCUUCCUUGAAUUUACGAAAAUUCAUAAUUAAAGUCAAGAGAACAUAAAAGUAGCUAUGUUAAAGUAGCUCUUGACCCGGCCUCCCCGUCCAUUUUAGUUAAGACUUUGCAAAAUUGGCAAAUCAUCAAAAAAAAGUAAUAAAGCAUUGAUUGGUUCUUUUAAUCAGACAACGUGCAUAUAUUCAACAAUUAAUGUUUGUUGUUUAAUGAACCUUUUAAAUAGGCAAAUCGCAAUGGUCUAAAAGUAGUACCUCAAACCGUAGUCAAACUAAAAGUUGUCUCUACCAUCGACGACCGUUCUGAUCUGAGUGAUGAAAUGGCAAAUCUGUGUUCAAAACUCCCUAUUUACGAGGUGGAUGAAGGAGAAUUAGACCUGACUCACUUGAACCAAGGAACAAGAGUGGCACGAAGGCCUGCUAAUCGUAAGUAA